AUGAUAGAUCCAGAAUUUGAAACAGUAAAUAUUUUAUUAACACAGAGUCCAUGUGGAAAACUUCACGCUGACAGAAUAACAGACGUUGAAGCACUCACCGGCUAUAGAGUUUGUCCAUAUUGUAAAGAAGAAGUUUAUUCUAUCCGUGAUGAUCCAGAAAGGAAAAACCAAAGAAGAUUUUUAAAGCAUUGUGAGAAAUGUAAAGAAAAUAAUGGAAGAUUAAUUCAAGACGUUCAGUUGCAAAAGACACAGCAACCAUAUGCACCACAUAUUACGAAACAGAAGAUAUAUCAGUGGUUAUUAGCUCAUAAUUUGCAGGAAUAUUAUCAACCGACAAGAUAUUAUAUUACUUUUGACUUCGAAACAUUAGAGACUAAAGAAGAAUUACAACUUUCUGAGUGUGCAACUUUGAACGCUUACUUAAAACCAUUCAUGGUAUCAUCAACGGUUAAAUUAAACGAUAAAACAUAUACGAGGAAUUUUUGCUUAACUUCGAGUGAUUCUUUUAUUUCUGAUUGGAUUGAGUUUUUAUUUUCAACCUGUUCAUUAGUUGCUAAAUCAAAUAUUGAACAAUAUGAAGAAUUAAUGAAGUCGCAAACGGACUCUUUGAGUCCUGAAGGUCUUUCAGACCAAACGGCGGGGACUUUGUCCCAUACAUUAAAUGAAAAACAGAAGGAAGCAUUUAAAGAACUUCUAGAUGAGGAAUUCAAUAAAGUGAAUAUCAUAGGUUUUAAUUCGGGAAAGUUUGAUUUAAAUUUAAUUCUUCGUGAUUUAAACACUGCAAAAUGGAAAAUAAAAUCAAUGCUGGGUUCUUCUUCUCAAUUUAAGCAAAUCAUUGUAAAGAAAACAAACACUCCAUAUGAAUUGAGAUUUAUUGACAUCAGAAAUUAUAUAGCGGGUGGGACAUUAGACCAAUUCACUCAAGAUUUCGGAAACAAUAAAACACGUGUUAAAUCCUUUUUCCCUUAUCAAUUCAUCACGUGGGAAAAUUACGAAGAAGAAUUAUAUAAAGAGGAACCAUUCACGAAAGAUUCAUUUUAUUCAGCAUUAACUCAAGAAACUAUAUCAGAUAGUGAUUAUCAAAUAUAUCUCAAUGAUGCUAAAAACUUUAAGAAUAGAUUAGAAUAUUUUAUUCAUUAUUGCAAUAAAGAU